AUGUCUCUGAUGGAGCCAUAUGCAGAGUUUUUCUGUCUAAUCACCCUGUGUAUAAUGGUUGGAACAUCUGAAAUGAGGAAACCAAAAUCCGUAUGCUCUCUAAACAUACUGGAUUAUUUCUUUGAGUUUGAAUAUCAUAAAGAAGGAGACGUCAUCAUUGGAGGACUAUUUACUGUAAAUAUGGCUGUAAAGAUUGGAUAUGAAUAUACUGUGAAUUCUGUCCCUGCGUAUAAGAUAUGCACACAGUAAGUAAUUCUGUUUCUGUAGAUAGAAUUGUCUAAGUCAUAGUUUCCUACGUGCAUUACAUUAGUUAUAGGAAACAUUGCAUUUUAUCAAACUGCUCUUCAGUGUUUUUGUUUCCACUUCAAUUCAGCAAGCAAGUGAACCAUUCCAAAAUGAACAUUAUUUAAUGUGAAAACAUAUUCAAUGAAUAUAGGUUUAUUAAAUCCCUUUUAGUCUAUUUAUUAUAAAAUGUUUAGCUAUGAAGAGAGACAGUCACAAUCAGCUUGAUUUACUCUUUGGUGGUGAUACCCCACAAGUUGCUAAAAUAUGUUAUAUCUGGUAUUUGCUAUGUUUGUUCACAUGCUGGCUACCUGGCUUAGUUAACAUAAGUGACAGGCAAGAGAGGGUUGUAGUCAAUGGAGUAUAUUCAAAGCUUGGGCUUGUCACCAGUGGGGUACCUCAGGGAUCUGUACUUGGACCCAUUCUCUUUAAUAUUUUUAUUAGUGAUAUUGCAGAAGGUCUUGAUGGUAAGGUAUGUCUUUUUGCUGAUGAAACUAAGAUAUGUAACAGGGUUGAUGUUCCAGGAGGGAUAAGCCAAAUGGCAAAUGACUAAGGUAAACUAGAAAAAUGGUCAGAGUUGUGGCAACUGACAUUUAAUGUGGAUAAGUGCAAGAUAAUGCAUCUUAGACGUAAAAACCCAAGGGCAGAGUACAGAAUAUUUGAUAGAGUCCUAACCUCAACAUCUGAGGAAAGGGAUUUAGGGUGAUUAUUUCUGAUGACUUAAAGGUAGGCAGACAAUGUAAUAGAGCAGCAGGAAAUGCUAGCAGAAUGCUUGGUUAUAUAGGGAGAGGUAUUAGCAGUAGAAAGAGGGAAGUGCUCAUGCCAUUGUACAGAACACUGGUGAGUCCUCACUUGGAGUAUUGUACACAGUACUGGAGACCGUAUCUACAGAAGGAUAUUGAUACUUUAGAGAGAGUUCAGAGAAGGGCUACUAAACUGGUUCAUGGAUUGCGGGAUAAAACUUACCAGGAAAGGUUAAAGGAUCUUAACAUGUAUGGCUUGGAGGAAAGACGAGACAGGGGGGAUAUGAUAGAAACAUUUAAAUAUAUAAAGGGAAUCAACACAGUAAAGGAGGAGACUAUAUUUAAAAGAAGAAAAACUACCACAAGAGGACAUAGUCUUAAAUUAGAGGGACAAAUGUUUAAAAAUAAUAUCAGGAAGUAUUACUUUACUGAGAGGGUAGUGGAUGCAUGGAAUAGCCUUCCAGCUGAAGUGGUAGAGUUUAACACAGUAAAGGAGUUUAAGCAUGCGUGGGAUAGGCAUAAGGCUAUCCUAACUAUAUGAUAAGACUAGGGACUAAUGAAAGUAUUUAGAAAAUUGGGCAGACUAGAUGGGCCGAAUGGUUCUUAUCUGCCGUCACAUUCUAUGUUUCUAUGUUUCUUUGGUGUUGAUACCCCACAAGUUGCUAAAAUAUGUUAUAUCUGGUAUUUGCUAUGUUUGUUCACAUGCUGGCUACCUGGCUUAGUUAACAUAAGUGACAGGCAACAGAGGGUUGUAGUUAAUGGAAUAUAUUCGAAGCUUGGGCUUGUCACCAGUGGGGUACCUCAGAGAUCUGUACUUGGACCCAUUCUCUUUAAUAUUUUUAUUAGUGAUAUUGCAGAAGGUCUUGAUGGUAAGGCAUGUCUUUUUGCUGAUGAAACUAAGAUAUGUAACAGGGUUGAUGUUCCAGGAGGGAUAAGCCAAAUGGCAAAUGAUUUAGGUAAACUAGAAAAAUGGUCAGAAUUGUGGCAACUGACAUUUAAUGUGGAUAAGUGCAAGAUAAUGCAUCUUAGACGUAAAAACCCAAGGGCAGAGUACAGAAUAUUUGAUAGAGUCCUAACCUCAACAUAUGAGGAAAGGGAUUUAGGGGUGAUUAUUUCUGAUGACUUAAAGGUAGACAGACAAUGUAAUAGAGCAGCAGGAAAUGCUAUCAGAAUGCUUGGUUGUAUAGGGAGAGGUAUUAGCAGUUGAAAGAGGGAAGUGCUCAUGCCAUAGUACAGAACACUGGUGAGACCUCACUUGGAGUAUUGUACGCAGUACUGGAGACCAUAUCUUCAGAAGGAUAUUGAUACUUUAGAGAGAGUUCAGAGAAGGGCUACUAAACUGGUUCAUGGAUUGUGGGAUAAAACUUACCAGGAAAGGUUAAAGGAUCUUAACAUGUAUAGCUUGGAGGAAAGACGAGACAGGGGGGAUAUGAUAGAAACAUUUAAAUAUAUAAAGGGAAUCAACACAGUAAAGGAGGAGACUAUAUUUAAAAGAAGAAAAACUACCACAACAAGAGGACAAAGUCUUAAAUUAGAGGAGCAAAGGUUUAAAAAUAAUAUCAGGAAGUAUUACUUUACUGAGAAGGUAGUGGAUGCAUGGAAUAGCCUUCCAGCUGAAGUGGUAGAGCUUAACACAGUAAAGGAGUUUAAGCAUGUGUGGGAUAGGCAUAAGGCUAUCCUGAUGUGACAGAACCAUCUGUCUGCUGGAUUUUUUGCCCGUUCGUCUGUUUGUCCCCCGUUCGUAUGAAUGGCUGGUUUCUAUAGCCCAGCCAUUCGAAUGACUCUUUUUCCCGAACAAAUCUGCCGAACGAACGGCCACCCAAGUGAGGAGUGUGCUGCUGGUUAACAAAGUGAUCCCCAUUAGAACGUUGUGGUUAACAGCAGACACUUCUCAAUUAAACCGAACUCAGGGUGGUCGUCGUUCGUAUGUCGACCACGAGGCAGCGGCCAUUUUAAAUCAUGCGAACGCUCAGCGGUGUUUGGCUCUAUUUCUAUGGAACUGAAAACGGACACUUUUUCUGCCGAACACCGCUGAAACAAGGGAACGCCUGGCUGCCUCCACGAAAGCAUGCGAACACCGGCCGUUCGGGAGAUUGAGAGCAUACAAAAGACUUAACCCAGAUAGCCCUCCCAUGGAGUCAUUCGUAUACCGAAAGACUGUAAGAACUUUGACUCCAUGGCGAUUGAACUAUGUGUGUGGGAUCUGAGCGCUAUUCGCUAAUAAUAUGCACUCAGAUCCAGGCUAUCUGGGGACAUGUAAUACGAAUGGGAAAUGUUCAGUUUUCAUGUAGUUAUAUAUUUUUAUGUCUUUUAUUAUUUUAUGUCUAAGAUGGCGACUGGCUUUGUCCUGGAGUUAAUUGAGUUACUUGGUAAUUAACUCCAGGGCAGAGGGGAGGGAAUCAGAAUGCACUGUGGGUAAAAUAUGUGACUGUGUGUCUGAAAUGUCCUUCUAUCUGUCUGUAGUUUAAGUCUCCCAUUUGGUCCCCUAGGGGAGUGUCCACCAGGUGGGAGACCUGCAUAAAUACGGGCAGGUAGCCCACAGUAAAACCAGAUCUUAUUUGACCCUCAAUGCGGAGCUUCUGUCUCGUUAUUGGGGGGAUUUCUUCUUCACGUUUAGAGACUGCUGGAUGGAACGAAAGCCGCUUUGGGGAUAUUAUUGUUCGACGGUUACUAGCAGUUCGUAUAUUGCCGUUCGAGAGUUUGGAGCCGUUCGUGGAUUUCGAUCGGGAAAUAACCUCUACCCCUGCAUUGGGUUCGUGUGUUACAGAGUAAGCGAACGGAGACUGUACUGCAGCCGGGGAAGGUUUACUAAACGGCGGUUUGGCUUAAAGACACUGGAGGUGUCUUAACACCUGACUACAAGAUAAGGCUAGGGACUAAUGAAAGUUAUUGUCCUGGUAAAUGGAGGUUUUGUCAUGUUGGGGAAAAAUAUAGUAGGAAUCAGUAAUACUUUGUCACUGGUUGCAGCUAUAAAUAUUGAAAACGCAUAAAAAAAAAUCAAUACUUGGAUCCGUUACAUCAGCUAGAAAAAAGCAUUUUUGGCAGAAUUUUGCAAAAACUCAAACUAUUUCAACAUAAGGCUGUAGUAAAUAGUUAUAAUGGCUGUAAAACACUAUAGUGCACCAUUUCUAUCCAUAGAAUAUCUCAACAGCAAUUGGUUUGAGGGUAAUGCAAUGUCCAGAUAUAUAAAUAUUUUGCCAUCUAAUUUACCAAACUCAGAGUAAUAAUAACAUAUUAAUGAUUACUUUAUUAUUUUAUUGAGAUUGUUUAAUUAUUAUUACAGAUAAUAGCUAACAAACUUGUUUAUUAACCUAUUACAAUGAAACAUAAUCCACAGAAUUCAACCUUUAGAAUACCGAAAACUACUGGCUUUUAUUUUUACUAUUAAUGAGAUUAAUAGCAACCCGUAUAUUUUACCCAAUAUAACUCUGGGUUACCACGUGUUCGACUCUUGUGGAAAAGCUCACAAAUCUAUAAAAAAUCUCUUCCAAAUACUGUCUGGGGAGAAUAAGGAAGUUCCAAAUUAUUCCUGCCGUAAACUGGACAAACUAGCUGGAUUUAUAGGAGAUCAACUGUCUGCUACAACCAUCCCGAUGGCACAAAUUCUGAGUCUGUACGGAUACAUGCAGGUAAGAGAUAUCUGAUAUAUUUAUUGGAAUUGGAUUAAAGAGUUACAAUGUCAUUGCAAAUUGUCUAAUAUCAUGGAUACAUAUUUAAAUACGUUUAGCUGCAUGGAGAAAACAUGUAGUUUGUUUUCGGUUUUGUUUUUGUAAUUCCAAAAUGAAUUUGCUGAAAGUCAGUAAUUAUCAAUUCAGAGCAAAACAAAAUUUGUUUAAACCUUUUUGGAAAUAUCCAGAAUUUGAACAUCAGUUAUUCUUUAUAAGGUGCUGUUUAGUAUUUAACUCUCCUAAUUUGUGGAACUUCCCUACGUAGGAUACCAAAUUAGAGCACUGUUUAGUAAAUAGCUCCCCUAAUUUCCAGGACUUUGCUACUAAGCAUACAAAAUUAGCUGAUUUUUUAGUGGAUAGCUCUGCCAUGGGUACACUUUGUAACUUUAUGUGGGAUUGCCUUAUCAAGUUUAGUAGAUAUCUCCCUUAACCCCUUAACGCCAGAUGACGGAACGGUUCCGUCAUGCUGGGGAAGCACCUAACACCAGAUGAUGGAUGCGGCAGACAGGGAGUACCCAAUCGUGCUGUCCCUGCAGCUGUGAUCACUUUGACAGGCUGCCAAAGCAGGCACAUGUGCUGCAGGGACUUUUACUCUACCACUCUGUUCUUCUGCAGUCAGUGUGAAAUGCUGGGAGACAGAUCAGUACUGCUGAUCUUCUCCCUGUGUAAGAAAAUAUAGUAAAAGUUAAAUCCCACCCCUGGAUGGGAGUUUAUUGGAAAUUGGGGAAUUUACAGUUAGUGCUGCUUACUGCUAGUUAGGGGUAAACAGUAAAAAAAAAAAAGUUUAUAAAUAGUAAAAAGGUUUUAAAAAAAAGUUUAAAAAAAAAUAAUAAGUAAACAAAAAAGUUUAAAAACAAGUUUUCGAAGUAAAAAAUGUUUAAAAAAGUAAAAAAAUACAUAAGAAAUGAUCAUUACCACUACACAUGGAACAAACACCAAAAGAAAUGAUCCCACACCAAGGUUCAAAAUAUGCCUUUUGAAUUAUUCCGGGGUGUUUUCUUUAAUAAAUAGUAUUUGUUUGUGGGGAAGUUUGAAUAACCAACCAGCUAAGCUACUCUGAAUAGUGAUGUCCCGAACGGUUCGCCGAACGGUUCGUGAACGGUUCGCCACGAAUGGUUCGCCACGGACUCAUCAUUGAGUAAACUUUGACCCUGUACCUCACAGUCAGCAGACACAUUCCAGCCAAUCAGCAGCAGACCCUCCCUCCCAGACCCUCCCACCUAACGGCGAACCGUUAGGGACAUCACUAACUCUGAAAUGAAACAUGGACACAGUGUAAAACAUCAAAGUUAAAAAAAAGCUGCAUGACUGCGUCUCAAAUUUGCCCCAUAAACAUCCACAUAUACCAGGCAAAGGUACAUUGUGGGUAUUGUAUUGUCAAAAGACAUAGCUGAGCAACAUAUGAAGUAUUAUACAGUCGUAGCACACAUAAGGUUUGCAAAAUAUAUUGUGCAAACUCACUGUGUGUCAAAAGGCAGAAAAAAUGCUUAUUACCACUAUACUUGGUACAAGCUAACGGAAAAAUGAUCCCAUGCUAAGGUUCAAAAUAUGCCUUUUGAAAUACCCUGGGAUGUCUUCUUUAAAAAAUUGUAUGUUUUAUGGUGUAGCUGGAAUAUGUAGCCUGCUCAAGUGUUCCAAAGUGGGACACGGACACAUCAAAACCCUCCAUGAAAAUUCAACUGAACUUGUCACCUCUCUUUUACAGCACUGUAACUUCACAAAAUUGUCUCAUUUAUGGCAUUGUAGCCUUACAGACUAGUGCGAAAGGCAUACAAUGGGGGUAUCAUUAUACUCAACAGAUGUAGCUGAACACAAUAUGGGCUUCUGUACAGGAAUAGCACACACCAGCUUUAUGAAAUACACAUUACAAAAGCCUUGCUAUAUGUGUAUAUGCCAAAAUAGAGAAAAAACACAAUUUCCUCCAAUAUUUAGCGGAGAUUGGCGAUGAAAUGGCUACAUAAAAAGUGUCAAAAUAACCUUAGGUAAAUAGCUUGUGAUGUCUACUUUAUAUGAAUAUAUACUUUUGUGUGUCAAUUUUGUUUUCUGUGAUGUCUACUAAACCUACAAGGCAAACAUACCAAAUUCUAAAAUUUCUCAUAUUGAAAUUAUAUUUUUAGUCCUUUUAUUUGUUGACCUGUAACUUUCAAAAUAAGAUGAAAUCAUUUACAUAUGAUGUACUCUAUAAAUCAAGGCACAUAAAUUGAUUUAUUUUGAAUUACUUUUUCUAAGCUGGACAUACUAUGCACACGAUAGUAUUGCCAAAACUGAAAAAAAAUGUUGUUGUUUUUUUCUUUGUGGCCUUUGUUUUAUAGCUAAUGAGAAUUUAUAUAUGUAUAUGUCUUAUCAAAUUAAAGCCCCUUUUGCACCUCUAAAAAACAGUAUAUAAUAUGUGUUGGUGCAAUAAAUGAUAGACAUGCAAAUUGCGUUUAAACACAAACAGCAAAAAAUGCAAAUAUGGCUUGUGUCCUUAAGGGUAAGUCCAGUUUUUGAAGCUGCGUUCUUAAGGGGUUCAUUUUGUACCCGAAUGUGGGAUUGCCCUAUUUAGCAGUUCCCUAAUUUAGUAAACUUCUAAACAGCUGCCAAUUUUGAAAUCCAUAAAUAGACAAUCCCUUAUAAGUAAACCGAAUACUUUUUUUUGUUCAGUUACUUAGUAAUGAAGUCCUUUACGUUAACAUUCUCCUCACAGUAAAAUACAAUUGACAGUAUUUUUGCAAUACCGGCAUCAGCCACACAGGAUCAAAUACCGGCUGUGCCAGUAAAACACUGGACAGGUGGCAACCCUAACUGCCAUAAAUAAAUCCGUAUUUACAUAAACAUUAUACCUUACUUACCUUACUUUGAGUUAUUAACUAAAGUGAGAAUUUAUAGUGAAUUUAAAGAUAAUUUCAUGUUUUAGUACAAAGUUGCUGAACUGGAAGCUUAGCUGAUUUAAGAACAUUUUUCCAAUCCUAUUAUCUAGCAUUGAAUUUGAAAUUCACUUGAAAGGCCUUCAAGCUCUGUAAACCCUUAAAAGCCCUGGAAAUGUUUCAAUUUAUCAUGGAACACCACCAUGCUGUUUUAGUGUCACCAUAUUGCUUUAAAUGUUUAUUGUUUUCCUAUUGUACUGCAAAAUCUGCAUAUAUCAUGGAUUAUCAUGUGCUUGACUCUUGUGGAAAUGCCCGCACAUCUAUAUUAAAUAUCUUUCAAAUAUCAUCUGGGGAGAAUAAGGACAUUCCAAAUUAUUCCUGCUGAAAACUGGACAAAGUUCAGUUACACUCAGCAGUGUAUCUGUGAUAUUUACUAUUAAAUAUAUUAACCCGUUCUCAAAUUGUUUAACAUUUAAGUGUAGUCCCCCAGAUCCCAGUCUGGCUUCCUUUCCCACUGUCAUCGGAAAGGCAGUAACACUUGCUUGGGCAGCAGUUAUAAGCACCCUCAGCCUGGAUCGGUGCUUGGGGGACUCUACUUAAAUAGUCACUCUGGGCACCCAGACAUUUUCUCAAUAAAAAUAAUUUAAAGCUCCACCACACUGAAUAAUAAUUGUGUAAUGUUUAUUCAGUAACUAUAAGGACUUGACAAUGUUCUCUCACCAGACCCUCUGUCAGCCUAGUCAUACAAAACAGAACUCACUAUAGUGAGAAUUCAAAAAAAGUAUCAAAUAUAAUACUUUAAUCAAAUGUAAGCAUUUCUGACUUUUUUGUUUCCAAUUCAGCUAUUUUUACCUUAGUGCUAGGAAAACAAACUCGUUUUCCUGACACUCUAGUGUUAAUAGGUCCCCCCCACCCUCAUGGUCCCCCUCCCGCUGGGCUCAAGAGGGGUAAAGGGGUUAAACACUUACCCUUCUUCAGCGCCAGGGUCCCUCUGCGCUGGGGUCUCUCCUCCCUCUUCCGACGUCACCCGCCGAACGCGCGCGCAUUCAAUCAGAAAGAGAGAAAUUACAUGUAUUUGAAUGCAUUCGUGUAAGGUAACUAAGUUCUAUGUGUUAAAUAUAUUGUAUUCGUUUGAAUGUUAGGUAGUUUCAUUCCCUUAGUUUGUUCGAAUGAAACUACCGAACAGUCAGACCUCCCCUGUGUGAAGUGUGCCUUCAAUUACCCAUUGCAACAUUGUUGCGAACGGGUAAUUGACAAGCUAAGUAGCCGUCCUUUGUUCUCGGGGGUGGCCGCCAUUCGAAAAACGAACACGUUGCGGCGGCCAUUUUAAAACUCCCGAACAGCAGUGUUUUGCCGUCGAGUGUCUGGAACUCAAGUCGGACACUCGACUAGGUGAACACCGCUGAAACCUCCACAAGCCCGGUCUGUUCGGUUCCAAACUACCGAACGGCCCCUCCCUAGUCUCUGUAGCUAGAGGCUUUCGUGCCGUUUAUUCCCUGACUCCAGGACCGACCGCAGGGCCCAUUCGCAUGGAAGCUCAUUCGGCUGUUCUAUCCAGUGCGGUCGGUCAUUUUAUUCCCUCCAUGAAUUUCCCGAACCCCUGGUCUGAUCUGGGUGAUUUUUGGAUAUGUUGUUCACCCAGAUCAGGGCUACCAGGGGAUGUAUAAUUUAAAGUGGUACCCCUAAGUUUAGGGGUACAUCCAGAAACGGGGGGAAUUUGUGUGCUAGAUAAGGGGAUUAUGAUGCAGGCUGAGGGGAGGAGAUGUGUUGGAGGUUACCAGAGCAGGAUUGGCUACUGUACUAAUGAAUGAAAAUCCCUCCCUUGUAUGGGAGCAGGCUUUAAAAGGCCACUGUCUGAAUAAAUCUUUAGUUCUGCUCCUGAAACUGUGUGUCGUCCAGGUAUUGGGAUUGCUGUUGGGAUACUGCUGUGUUAUUUUGCCUGCUGGAUACUUUACCCUAUGGAUUUAUAAUUGCUUGUUCCUGAACCUCCCUGGGAUCCAAAGUGGAGAUUCUCUUUUUUAGCUCUCCGCUACACUCCUAUUUUUCAUCACAAACCCAGAGAUCUCAUUCCCCAAUAUCUUAAAAGCCUUCCAAGAAUACGGUGCAGUCUCUAACAUGAAAAUAAAUUUUGCCAAAUUAUAUGUCUUUAACGUCUCGGUUCCCCAACACCGAGCGGCUCUGCUCUGACAGAGCUACACAUUCCAAUGAGCUGAACGUCCAGUACUUAGGCAUAUGUCUCACUAAACGUAGCACCGAUCUAUACACAAAGAAUUUUGCCCCAAUGCUGAACACGUUUAAGAGGGACAUGCAGGAAUGGGCAUACCCCAAAUCUCCUGGCUGUGAUGCAAUCAGGUAGUCAAAAUGAACUUUCUCCGGCGGCUCCUCUACUUAAUGCAGGCUAUACCCAUAAUAAUCCCACAGACAUUAUUAUUAUUAUCAUUUAUAUAGCGCCAACAGAUUCCGUAGCGCUUUACAAUAUUUUGAGAGGGGGGAUGUAACAAUAAAUAGGACAAUUACAAGAAAACUUACAGGAACAAUAGGUUGAAGAGGACCCUGCUCAAACGAGCUUACAGACUAUAGGAGGUGGGGUAUUAGAAACAUUAGGACAGAAAUAUCAAGUAGGAGUGAAGCAGAGCUGGAGGAGAGAGCAAAGCACUGUCCCAUAGGAGAGAGCAGGAGACAGGUAUGUAAGGUAGAGAUUACUCUGGGAGGCCAUAAGCUUUCCUGAAGAGAUGGGUUUUAAGGCCCUUCUUAAAUGAUUGAAGACUAGGGGAGAGUCUGAUGGCAGUAGGCAAGCUAUUCCAUAGGAGAGGAGCCACCCGCGAGAGGUCCUGCAAGCGCGAGUUGGCCGUAUGGGUGCCAGCAGUGGUCAGGAGGUGGUCACGGGCAGAGCGGAGGGUACGAGGAGGGGCAUAUCUAUGGAUUAGUGAAGAGAUAUAAGUGGGGCUAGAAUUGUUCAGUGCUUUAAAUGUGUGGGUUAGCACUUUGAAUUGACUCCUAUAGCAUACAGGGAGCCAAUGUAAGGACUGGCAGAGGGGUGAGGUGUGAGAGGACCGACUAGAGAGGAAGAUCAGUCUAGCUGCAGCAUUCAUGACAGACUGUAGCGGGGCAAUACGGCUUUUGGGGAGACCAAUCAGGAGAGGGUUACAGUAAUCCAUGCGGGAAAUUACUAGAGCAUGGACAAGCUCCUUGGUAGCAUCUUGAGUAAGAAAGGGGCGAAUGCGGGCUAUGUUUUUGAGUUGGAACCUACAGGACUUGGCAACAAAGUGGAUGUGAGGCUCAAAGGUGAGACCAGAGUCAAGUAUGAUGCCAAGACAGCGUGCUUGCAGGGAUGGACUUAUCACUGAGUUGAAGGGAGAGCGAGAGAGGAGGAUCAGUAUUAGGAGGAGGAAAGACAAGGAGUUCAGUUUUAGAGAGGUUAAGUUUCAGCUUUCAGUUUUGAGGACAUCCAGUCAGAGAUGGAAGAAAGGCAAGCAGUGGCAUGUUGCAGGACGGCAGGGGAGAGGUCCGGGGAGGAGAGGUAUAAUUGAGUGUCAUCAGCAUACAGGUGGAAGUGGAAUCCAAAAGAGGCAAUAAGUUUACCUAGAGAGGCAGUAUAAAGAGAAAAUAGGAGGGGACCAAGGACAGACCCUUGGGGAACUCCAACCGAGACAGGACGAGGAGACACUGAAUGAGCUUUGGGAGAGAUAUGAGGAAAACCAAGAGAGGACAGAGUCACAGAGACCGAGCGAUUGAAGAGUUUGAAGGAGAAGAGCAUGAUCAAUGUUGUCAAAGGCAGCAAAGAGGUCAAGGAGAAUUAAUAUGGAGUAGUGACCUUUGGAUUUAGCGGAGAUUAGGUCAUUAGUCACUUUGAUAAGAGCAGUCUCAGUAGAGUGGAGAGGGCGGAAGCCAGACUGAAGAGGGUCAAGGAGAGAGUUGGAAUUAAGGAAGCGAGACACACGGGUAAAGACAAGUCUUUCCAAAAGCUUUGAUGAGAAAGGGAGCAGGGAUAUGGGAUGAUAGUUAGAAGGGGAGGAUGGGUCAAGAGAUGUUUUUUUCAGGAUAGGUAUUACAGUGGCAUGUUUAAGGUCAGCAGGAACAGUGCCAGAAGAGAGAGAGCAGUUAAAGAUGUGUGUUAGGGUAGGCACAAGACAAGGGGAGAGAGAUCUGAUGAGGUGAGAUGGGACAGGAUCGAGCGGGCAAGUGGUGGGGCGAGAGGAAUGGAGAAGCGCAGCCACCUCUUGUUCAGUAGCCGGGUAGAAAGUCUGGAGGGUAGGGAAAGCAAGAUUUACAUGUGGUUGAGAAAGAGAACGGCAAGGAGGGGAGAAUUGUUUCCUUAGCUGUUCAAUCUUGUCGGUAAAGUAGCAUGCAAAGCUAUCAGCUGUAAGGUUAGUUUGGGGGGUGGCCACAGCAGGGCGGAGAAGGGAAUUUAAGGUGUCAAAGAGACGUCUGGGAUUGCGGGAGCAUGAACUAAUGAGAGAGGAAAAGUAUGACUGUUUGGCGAGGGCGAGGGCUGCGCUGUAUGAAAGCAACAUGAAUCUAUAAUGGAGAAAGUCUGCCUGGGUGCGGGACUUCCUCCAGGAGCGUUCAGCACAACGGGAGCAACUCUGCAGAUAGCGUGUUGAUUUAUUAUGCCAAGGUUGGGGACGUGUCCUCCUCGAGGUGCAUGUUUUGAGAGGGGCUGCAGCGUUCAAGGCAGAUGUGAGGGUAGUGUUGUAUGUGGAGACGGCCAGUGAGGGACAGGAGAGGGAAGGGAUGUAUAGCAGUUGUGAAUCAAUGUCAGCUGACAGCUGCUGGAGGUCAGUAGAGUUAAGGUUCCUCCUGAGCUGAGGGGGGUUAGGCUGAGAUUGUUGGGUGAGGGGGUAAUUGAGAGCAAACGAUAAGAGGUGGUGAUCAGAGAGAGGAAAUGGAGUGUUGCAGAUAUUAGAUAUUGUACAUGAAUAAGAGAAAAUAAGGUCGAGGGUAUUGCCAGCUACAUGAGU